CAUGAUUGUUUUCGGCACAUAUUUUAAAAUUCAAAUGAGGCACACAUAGCCGAUUGUGUUGGAUCGUUUUAGCAACAUGUUUUUUGUCUUGCAUCGCUUCUUUCUUCCAAAAACACGCCAAGAAUUCAGCUCGUGACGAGACGUUUUAGUGAACAGGAAAGUUAUUUUAUUAAGUCAAGAAAGUUGAUUCGAAUUCUCGAUUAGUUUCCAUCAGAAAUUGUUGGUCGCGUUCGCAUUUUUAUGAAGCAUCUAGAUCUCUACGUUUGUAACAAACGUUGAAAUGGUCAAUAACGGCGUAAACAAAGGUGAAGAAAACAAUAUGAAAACGUCAUCGAAUGACUCAACGGAGAGAACGGCUCAGAACAGCUUUCGGAAACUCUUAAAGAACUUUGCAUCGGAGACCAGCUUCGGUGGUAUCUCGAAGGCGGCGCUAUCCGAAGGUUUUAUACGGAAGUUCCUUUGGUUCCUUAUCUCCGCGACUUGCUACGGUUUCGCUAUUUUCAUGUGUAUUUCGUUGGUUCAAACAUACUUGGAUAAACCGAUCAGGACGUCAAUAGACAUUAUUUACGAAAAGAGAGUAGCGUUUCCCUCGGUGACAUUUUGCAAUCUAAACCAAUUUCGUAAAAUGAAGCUUAAAAACUCUCUCUCAAACAUUUAUGCAAUCAUUGGAAACUACUCGAAUUCAAAAUCCAACGGCUCGAGUUUGGAAAAUUCGUUGGAGGAUCAAAGGAAAGCGGCAAAAAAGGAUUUCAAUGCCGAUUUUCCUGGAAGCAGUAUGGACAACAUUCCUGACAACGAUUUAGACAUCGAUGACAGAAUCUUAUUGCAACAAGUGGUUUCGAUUGAAGCGUCCAAUUAUGAGGAAAAGGAACUCAAGUCCGUCGGACAUCAGUUUUCCAAAAUGAUCUUGAGUUGUUCCUGGAAAGGAAUUAAUUGCAAAUCUGGUGUGCUAAGUAAGUAUUGGGUAGAGAUCUGGAAUUGGAGAUACGGUAAUUGUUUCACAUUCAACCCCGGAGCUGAUCUCAAUGGGAGUUCACUCGCUGUUUUUCGUACGACGAAGCCUGGACCGAGCUAUGGUCUCUCUGUCGACUUAAACAUCGAACAAAACGAUUAUGUGUCCGAGUUGACGGAUGAAGCGGGAGUUGUCGUCAUUGUGCACAAUCCACGACAGUUUCCGUUUCCUUACGAUGAAGGCAUCACGGUGCCUCCUGGGUUUUCAUCUUCCAUCGCCGUUCGAAAGGAAAUGAUCAGACGAGUCGAUCCUUUCCAAAACAACAGCUGUUAUCCUAACACCAAGUUGUCCAAAGAUAAUGUAUUUAAGAAUCAUUUAAAUGGGGCUGGCGAUAAAUACUCGGUCAAGGCCUGUAUGGAGUCUUGCCUUGCAACAGCACAAUUUCGGAAGUGCUCGUGUUCGGACGCCAAAUAUUCGGGUUACGUGAAACGAAUAUGCAAAGCAUCUGAUGAACUUCAAUGUGCGAACAACGUGACAACUUCUUACAAAAAUAGUCUUCUGGAUUGUGACAAAAGGUGCCCACAGCCUUGUGUACACGAAGGAUAUCGAUAUACGAUUCGAACGUCAAGUCUAACUUCUAAAGAAAAAGAAGCAAAAAUGGCCAAAGACUUUCCUCUUCAAAAAGGACCGGACUUCAACCUCGACGACAAUUUCCUACGAGUGAAAGUGUUCUAUGACGAAUUGAAUUUACAAACGAUCACACAGUCUACCUACUAUGAUCUUCAGACGUUGCUGGCCGAUAUUGGCGGCCAGCUGGGUCUUUGGAUUGGUAUUUCAGUCAUAGCAGUCGCAGAAUUUGGUGAACUACUGUUCUCUCUUUGCCUUGUCGCAGGCAGGAAAUCACACGACAAGAAGAAAACAAAAUCCACGGAAUUGGAGUUGCACACGCCUUGAUCGUGACGAAAAAGUAAAGGGCCUGAGAACGAGGUAGAACCCUGAAAACAAUGACUUUUUUGGGAGAGCGUCGUAAGUUUUCUUUUAAUGUGAAUAAUUGUUGUACAUAAUACAAUCGAAAGUAUGAAAAUAUGAAAUUUUAGCGAAGGGAA